AUGCCUGGUACUGUUGCAGUCCUUAGGACGAGUCCUGUUCGUAUCGGUGCACAGCUGGACGAGUCUCAAGCUUAUUUUCACAGACUAUUCUGGACGUUUUCACCAUGUAUCGAGGCAUUCCAUCAUUGCAAGCCCCUAGUUAGUAUUGACGGCACCCAUCUCUAUGGCAAGUAUGAGAAAACGUUGCUUGUCGCGAUUGCACAGGACGGGAACUCCAACAUACUCCCUGUGGCAUUCGCAUUAGUCGAGGGUGAGAAUGCUGAGUCGUGGGCCUUCUUUCUCUCCUACCUGCGUGAGCAUGUGACACUGCAGCCGGGUCUGCUGGUUAUAUCGGAUAGGCAUAACGGCAUCAAGGCCGCGCUUGAGGCUCCUAACAGAGGAUGGUUACCUCCGUCUGUAUACCGGAUAUUCUGCAUUCGACAUGUAGCGGCAAAUUUUGCCCUAGCCUUCAAGGGCAAAGACGCAAGGAGGCUACUUAUGAAUGCGGUGUACGCUAAGACCGAGGUCGAGUUCCAUUACUGGUUUGAUAUUCUGAGGUCUAAUGACCCGGCGAUGUGUGACUGGGCGAACCGGAUUGAGUAUUCAUUGUGGACACAGCAUUGUGAUGAGGGGCGUAGAUUUGGACACAUGACGACGAAUAUCUCUGAGUGUGUGAACUCAAUCCUCAAGGGUGUCAGAAACCUUCCUGUGUGCUCGCUAGUGAAGGCAACAUACGGAAGGUUGGCCGAAUUAUUUGUUCGCAAAGGGAGAGAGGCUGAGGCACAGCAGGGAACCGGACAACAAUUUAGUCAGCACUUGGUGAAGUGUAUUGAUAAACGAAAUUUAGCAUGCCGAUUUAGAAUUCAAAGAUGA